AUGGAGCAUCUCAAACGAACCUUUGCACAGGACAAACAGGGAUCGCGACCUGCGUUGGUCACCUAUGUUACAGCUGGCUUUCCGACUCCAGAGGAGACCCCAGGGAUCUUACUGGGCAUGCAGGCCGGAGGUUCUGACAUCGUCGAGCUUGGACUCCCUUUCACGGACCCAAUUGCGGACGGACCAACUAUUCAAAGGUCUAAUUCGAAGGCGCUCGAAAAUGGAGUCACGGUAUCGUCAAUGCUGGAGAUGGUCAAAGACGCAAGAAGAAGAGGCUUGACGAUACCCGUACUGUUCAUGGGCUACUAUAACCCACUACUUCGCUAUGGCGAGUCGGAAAUACUAGCUGAUUGCAAUGAGGCGGGAGUAAACGGGUUCAUUAUCGUCGACUUGCCGCCAGAGGAAGCAGUCAGGUUCCGCAACGGGUGUACGAGAACAGGCUUAUCAUAUGUGCCGCUGAUUGCACCCUCGACUACGGAAGAGCGCAUGAAGCUCCUCUGUGGAAUGGCCGACUCCUUCAUUUACCUUGUUUCGCGGAUGGGAGUCACUGGCGCCGCAGGUACAUUGAACAAUGAGCUGCCCGAUCUUAUCAAAAAGGUCAAGUAUCUCUCAGGAAAUGUGCCUAUUGCGGUCGGGUUUGGGAUUAGUACUCGCGAACAAUUCCUCAACGUCACCUCCAUGGCCGAUGGCGCCGUCAUUGGUAGCAAAAUCAUAACGACUCUUUCUGACGUGCCUUUUAGUCGGUCAGCAGAGGCAGUGGAAGAAUACUGCAUGGAAAUCAAAGCCAGAAAAGCGAGGCAGCUCCCCGAGCCCCCGUUUCAUCUGAACGGUGACACUACAGAAUGCGCCUCCACAGAGAAGGCAGUCCCAAGCGCCGGGGUGGGCAGAUUUGGGGGCUUUGGUGGCCAAUAUGUCCCCGAGGCGUUGACUACAUGCCUAGCGCAACUGGAGAAGGAGUUCGAUGCCGCUAUCAACGACCCAGAGUUCUGGAACGAGUUUCGCUCGUACUAUGAGUAUUUGGGCCGUCCAUCCAGCUUACACCUAGCAGAUCGGCUGACGCAACACACAGGCGGCGCGAACAUCUGGCUGAAGCGGGAAGAUCUUAACCACACCGGGUCUCAUAAGAUUAACAACGCACUCGGCCAGGUGUUAAUAGCUCGUCGUCUGGGAAAGACUGAGAUUAUUGCCGAGACGGGGGCAGGCCAGCACGGCGUCGCGACAGCGGCAUUAUGUGCCAAGUUCGGUAUGAAAUGCACUGUCUAUAUGGGCGCGGAAGAUGUGCACCUGCAGACUCACAACGUCCUCCGUAUUCGUCUGUUAGGGGCAACUGUUGUUCCUGUCGGGACGGGAUCCCGUACACUCCGGGAUGCGGUUAAUGAAGCCUUUCGCGCGACUAUCGUCAACCUUGACACAACCUACCAUGUGAUUGGCUCCGCUAUUGGCCCCCAUCCAUUACCUACUAUUGUCCGGACGUUCCAGUCUGUGAUUGGGAACGAGACAAGGGCUCAGCUGCAGAGAAAGAUCGGCCGACUCCCAGACGCUGUAGUCGCAUGUGUCGGAGGUGGUUCGAACGCAGUGGGAAUGUUCUCUCCUUUUUCUGGUGAUCGAUCAGUUGAAUUAGUAGGCGUGGAAGCUGCCGGUAAAGGGCUGGAUACUCCACGGCAUUCGGCGGCGUUGUCUGGAGGCAGCGUGGGAGUCUUACAUGGGGGCCGGACAUACGCCCUACAGGACCAACACGGGCAGAUUUCCGAGACGCAUUCUGUGUCAGCUGGGCUAGGUUACCCUGGGGUCGGGCCAGAACUGGCAAGCUGGAAAGACAAUGGGAGAGCGACGUACAUCGCUGCCACUGAUGCUCAGGCAUUCGAAGGGUUCAGACUUUUGACUGAACUCGAGGGCAUAAUACCUGCACUAGAAACCUCCCACGCAGUGUGGGGAGCUGUUGAGACGGCGAGAAGAUUAGGCCAUGGGAAGGACUUGGUGCUUUGCGUAAGUGGACGAGGGGACAAAGAUGUGCAGACUGUAGCGGAGGAGUUGCCCCAGAUUGGUUCCCAGAUCGGAUGGGAUCUACGGCUUUAA